UUUUUUUUUUUUUUUUUUUUUUUGUAAAUUUAUAUUGUUGUUGAUUGGUCAUUGUAUUAUGUGGAUAUUGAUAUACUCAGUUUUGCGACUAAUUGUACUAAUUUGAAUUAUUGAUCAAUGACUGAAGCUCAUUGGCUGCUACCAAUUGAGUAUCACUGUAGUAAGUAAGGUAUUUUGGCAGGAAUCAUGGUUACUAUGGUAAAUUAUGUAAGGUACAUCCUGGAUAUUGCCUGUAAUGCCCAGCAAAUCUUAUGUGUGUAACCUAAUCUGUCUAAGGUGGAUUAAUUAUUAAUUUUUAGCAUAGGGUUACAAAUGCACCGUUACCAUGGCUGCAUCAGAAACCUACCAUAUUCUUUCUUACGGAUAGGAAAUGGUCAUCGCCUGUAAUCGUGUCUUCAAGCCAUUUAGAUCAAUAUAGGAGUUCAGCACCCUGGACAAGAUCAACCAACAAAACUCCCAUUUUUACUCUGAGCGGUGUUGACGAAGAUAUGAAGUAAGAUUUCACGUGUAGAAAAGGUAUUUGGGCCAGAGUGGAAAGGGAUAUGAAGAAAAAGAACCGAUUGAUUUUCAUUAAGUAGUGAUUAUGUAUAGCUUAUUAAGAACUCUGGUUAAGUAAUUUAGCAUUAUGAUUUUAUGUAAAGUGGAUUACAUUACAAUUAUAGGUCCCUUCGAGAAAGUCUAGUGUCAAGGGCACAAUGGUGAUAGACACCUCGUGUGGUUUGAACCUACAUGCUUUCAGUCACAAGCCCAGAUAUUUAACCACGACGCAACAGCACCCAGAAGGUGAGCAUAAUGUUUAAGAAAAUCAACGCAGUGUUCCGUCCGAACAAUGGCCAUCGCGCGCGGGACGGGUUCAGGCCAAAGGAGGACUACCAUAGUGCGUGCACAGUGAAACUGGUCCGGAGUACGUCGAUGCUCGUGGUCGGAGAGAGCAGUCGCGUGCAGCAGGACUCCACGCUAAAGCGGAGCGUGAGCGUCGUGAGUGUCGAGUCCAGUAUGGCCCUGUACUACUACCAGAGCCGCGAGGACCGAAUAUGGCUAUAUUCCCAGAACCAGAACUGCUUGGAUUACUUACAGGAACUGGUCGCACUCAGACGUCAAUACACCAAGAGUAUCGGCGACCUCAAGAAUGGCGAACGGAAAGAUAGCGCAUCUCACAAGAAACCCGCACCCCAGCCACCGAACAAUAGAGUCACACAGAUUUCAAGGCCGGAACCUUCUGCUCCACCUAUCCCAAAUGAGGAAGACACACUCCAGUUUUUUGAUACAGUCAUUGCAAGCUGUGACCCAGAGCCCAAUCGAAAACCACAUGUUGAUAAUGGCCAUGCAGACGUGGACUUUAUAGUGGCAACCAGUACAUGUGAGCAUGACCUUCAUUCUAACUGGGUGCUGCGGGACCCUCGUCGAAUCUCUCUGACAGAGUCACAGCCCAAGUCUUCAGAUAUCAGCCCUGGGCAGAAAGCCCAGCGGAAGGGAGACAAGGGGAGCACCGGUAGUAGGAGAUGUCUGCAACGGAACCCUAUCCACCUGCCAAAAGUUGUGGAGAGUGCCUUUCAGACACUGCGUUUCAAACCCAAGCUAAAGAAGAAAGACUAGCUGCUUAAAAGACUCCACUGGUGCAGCACUGUUACGUUCCAGGUUUAGGGCCCUGAACUUAAACUUUUUCAUGUAUGACCAAGAGUUGUGCACUGUGAGGUUGAACUGGGAAUAAAAACUAAGGGCCACCCUGAGAAGACUGACUCAGCCCAUAGGGUAAAACUACACAGAGAUGUGUUGUGGUAUAUGGAUACAAGAUCUGUGACGUAAUGUCAGUGUUUUAGAGCGUACUCAAUGCACUAUCUUCAUAAAUUAUCCACAGCAGAUCAGUCUCUUUUUCAGAUCUCAACAGCAAACCCUUAAGGCCAUUAACAGAGCAUAACCACCAGUGUUGCCAAUUACUUUCAAUGAAAAGUAGCUAAAGCCUGCUAAAAAAGUCGCUAAAAGUAGCUAGAUGAUGUCAUGCGUUAAUUAGCAUAUUCAUUAUGUCAUCACGUCGUAUUUGCAUUCUGUCUUGUGUCAGCCCUUUACAUCUGUUUGCUUCUCUCCUACUAUCUGUGCUCACAUACUGUAUUUUAAUACAGCCGAAUUCCCAAUAAAGCUGUUCUCAUGUACAUAUUUGUUCUGUUUCUGUUGUCAGACAAUGGAACGAGUAUGAAAUAGUGACUGAAACGCCACCCAUUAAGACUACAUGUUAACCAGUAGUCACUUCCAAGCAAUUUCCAAGCUGCUGCUCUGCACUGCUAAAAUCCUGAUUUUACAACAUAAGUUAAAGACAACGGCUGUGCUGUGAUUUUGUCUAUAUUUACAUGUAAAAUGAUCACUCAGAGAGAAAGUUAGAAGCGACAGAAUGUCUUAUUUUUUCUCUCACACAGCGCACAGCCUCCGUCUGGGUAACAGUGAGUGAUAAGCAAGAAAAAUAAUGGUCAAAUUAAAUUGUUUAAAUUAAAACAAAGGAGGAGCAAACCAUACAGAUUAUUGAUUGGCCUUUGGCAACUCUGUUUGCACAUGUGCAGCUCAUUCACGUCUGUGUCAGCUGCCGUGCGGUCAACUGAAUGUGCUGCUCCUCUGUCUGCCACUCACUGAACGGAGUAGACAGAGAGAGGUAUGCCUGCAGCAGGAAAGCAAAACAUCGCGCUCGCGCGGCAAUACUGGCGACUCUUCUACAGAAAGUAGCUAAGAUUUGUCCAAAAAGUCGCUAGAUUUGUCACUAGGUGCUUUUUAGAAAAAAAAAGUCACUAAAGGGGUCUGAAAAGUCGCUAAAUCUAGUGACAAAGUCGCUAAGUUGGCAACACUGGUAACCACUCUGCUAGAUACAGGAAAAUCAUCUUACACUGAUUCCAUCAAAGCAAAUUUGGAAUGGAAAUGAAAUUUCUUCAUCACAAUAACUCAAAUCAAAGGAUGACUUAACUGAUGAACCAGUCAGCUAAUAAGGAUGGAUGAUGUACAACACAUCAAGGCCAAGGGGCCAGGUCUUUACUGCCUGGUUACGAUAGUUGAUAAGAAACACAAUUAAACACUACCUACCAAUAAUUUAAUAAACUGAAUGCAAAAUUGACAUUUGUAGUUUCUACAUUUGUUCAUUCUGGUUCUGGCUGAUGUACAGUGUAGUACAGUACAAAUUUUGUGGCUAAUUUGCAGUGGCCAUGAUUCUUUAUAUAAAAAUCCAAAUCCAAAACAAUGAAACCGAUACAAAGUUCCUUGGUUGGUGGGUUUGUACAAUUGUUGUGGUAUACGAAGUGAUUUUUUACUUGAACUGCCCAUCUCAUGAGCAGGGGGCUCUCGUACCCACUCAUGAAUGUGCAGGGGAGAGCAAUGGUCAGUCAAGAUUUUCACAAAUAAUUCAUUAGAUUUUGUUUUAUUUCUCACCAUAUGUUGUAUGCCUUCAAAACAAGGCAUGAGUCACAUGGAAUAAUUUUAAGAGUUAUACUUUGGUAUCCUUUUGAAGCUUCAAGAGGUGGUCACCAUCCACUCCCAUUGUAUGACAGAGGGCAUAAUAAAUUUUGUGUACCGAGAAAGUAAUAUUGCUUUAGAACAACACAAGGGUGAGUAAAUAAUGACAGAAUUUUCAUUUUUGGGUGAACUAUCCCUUUAACUAAAAAAUUAUUCAAGCUAUGAAUUUACUCUACUAGCGAGACAGAUUGUGCGAUUUUUAAAAAAGAAAAUGUUUACUUUAAAACUUAUAGUGAAACUAAUGUGUUUGAAUCCAAAGCUAAAAGGGGCAGUUUGUUUCUUUAAAAAAAGGAAGCAAGAAAUUGGGUAUUACAUAAAGAAACCAUAACAAAAGCAAAUCAAACCUCACAAUACACCUUACACUGAAACAGGUGCAAUAUAUUUUAACAAGAAAUUACAAUUAAUAAAAUUAAGCUCAAAACUGAAACUAUCACACUUCACAUCAUAUGCAAAUAAUGUGUUAUCAUUUUGCACAGAAGCACUGUAUUAUA